GAUGCUACUUCAGCCUGAUGACUCCUUGCAGAUUCUAGCACCCGUGGAAGCUGAUGUAGGUUUCUAUGCUUGCAAUGCGUCCAAUACCCUGGGAUCUGACUCUGUCUCCAUUGCUGUCACUCUAGCAGGAAAGCCACUGAUAAAGGCAUCGAGAGCAACUGUGAUCAACACUGAAUCGCCUGCUGUCACUGUUGAUAUUGGAAGCACAGUGAAAACAAUCCAGAGAGCAAACGUUACCAUUAGCUGCCAGGUCGCAGGUGUUCCUGAAGCAGAAGUUACUUGGUUUAAGAACAAGGUCAAGCUGUCCUCUGCUCACCAUCUGCAUGAUGGGUUGCUGCUAAUUGCAAAUGUUUCUCUGUCAGAUCAGGGGUUGUACUCCUGCAAGGCAGCCAAUCUUCGUGGGGAGGUAAUUGAAAGCUCACAGCUGUUGGUUCUUGAGCCUCCACGACCUCUUCCUUACCUAGAAGACUUGACAGCAGUGCUUUCCAGUGCUGGGACCAGCACUCAUUCAGUGCUGGCCUCUCCUUCAGGAACAAAAAUGAUCAUCAGUCCAAGGAGCUCUGCUCUCAUAG